UAGAUCACAUCAUUGGUACAGAGCUGCUCAUGGGAACUCUACCUCUCAAUCAUUUACUCACAAAGAAAAAAAAAUACAUUAACUUUAAAAGAUUGCUUGUAAGUUAAAGCAAGAAGAUGACUUUUGCAGUAAUUUUGUCAGUAUGUAGGGCAUUAUUAACAUUGCUCUUUUUCAAGGAUUUUUCCAAGGUUUUAGGUGAAAGUUCACAUUGGACAUAUACAGGUCAGCUUGGACAGGGACACUGGGCAGAAACAUUCCCCAAUUGUGCUGGUACAGAACAAUCUCCUGUGGACAUUCAGACUUCCUAUACACAACACAACCCUUUACUAAAGCCAAUUAUACUUGAAGGCUACAAUGACACAGGGAAGGAAUCCUUCACCCUGAUGAAUGAUGGUCACACAGUUGUUAUGUCUUUACCUUCAACCAUGACUCUCCGUGGCCUUCCUUAUAAAUAUUCAGCUGUACAACUUCAUCUUCACUGGGGAGAGGAAGAACAGUCAUUUGGCUCUGAACACUUGCUGAAUGGAGAGAAUUUUCUUGCUGAGAUGCAUGUUGUACAUUACAACUCGGAGAAGUACCACAAUGUCAGUGCAGCACUGAACAAACCUGAUGGAGUGGCUGUGCUCUCAGUUCUAUUAGAGACUACAGAUGAUGUUCAUGCUGGCUAUGAGAACAUCUUCAGACAGUUGGGAAACAUCAAAUAUUCAGGUCAGAAAGUGUCCAUUCCUUCAUUUGAUGUUCAGAAGCUGUUUCCUGAGCAGCUGGAUUAUUUUUAUCGUUACAAUGGUUCCUUAACUACACCACCAUGCUACCAACAUGUUUUAUGGACUGUAUUUCACCACCCACAAAAGAUAGGAGCAAGUCAGCUUGGUGCACUCCAGAAUAUGUUGUUUUCUACAGAAGUUUCUAGAACGCCACCCAUUCCACUAGUGAAUAAUUUUCGAGAACUUCAACCUCUGAAUAUGAGAACAAUUUAUUCUUCCUUCCCACAUGAUUCUACAAGUGCAUACACUGCUGGUGAAACAUUUGCAAUCCUUAUAGGAAUACUCUUUGGCUACCUGGGAUUAAUACUGCCAGCAUAUUUCAUUAUUAAGAAGAUACGAACAAAGAGACAGAAAGAACGUGAAGGCAUUACUUGCAAAUCAGAUGGCAAACCAGAAGAGGAACUGCAGCAGCCAUGACACUGGUCUUUGGGUUAUGAACUGUGCAUUUACAUAAGGGUGCAACUAAGAAAAGCACUGAGGACUUUGAAUAGUUGUCAUUAUCUUCUCUUUCAUUCAUCAUAUUGUUUAUAAGCCCCCCCCCCCACCAAACAAAAAACAAUAAGAAAACAAUGCACUGGGCAGUCAUUGCUUUUAAACACCAUAAAGAUUCCCCUAGAUAUCCAUCUGCUGUAAGUAAAGCCUGGUGCAUAAUUGUAUGACAUGGUAGUCUGGGGUACUUUACUAGCUACUGGAGUAAGUCUCACUACAAGCUUUUCAAGUAAUACUGUAUAUAUAAUAGAUAUAAACACAACGCUGACAUCACUGCUUGUGCCAUUCUAAUGCCCCUUGGCAUUUAAUACAAUAAGAACACAUUAAAUGGCUGCAGCUGAUUUAGUUUGUUGUGAAAGCAGAUCAUAUUUAGGGUACUCUGUUUUCUCAGAGGUCACAGUCAUUAUUUGAGAUAAUAAAACUCACAAGGAAGCAACGUACAUGCUGGGGGGCACAUUCAGUAGCCAUAUUGACCAGCUCUUCAAUAUUACUCAUACUUUAGUUCUACUGCCCACUCUUCAAACACCUCUGAAAAUGAAGGAUAACACAUGCAAGAGAAGAAAUAUGUUUAUCAGUUACUUGACUUUUAAUAGAUGCUAGAAAGAAGUUUGAAGUUAAUUUUCCUUUAUUGUACAUGGGUAUGGGUGUUGGUGUGGUUACACAUUCUGGAAGAAUUUAGUAGCUGCUCUGUGACAUUCUUUAGUGUAGAGAAAUAUCAUUUUAAAAAGAAAAACAGCUUAUUUGGUUGAAUUCUGAAACAUUAGGACAGAAACAAUAAAAUUCUACAAUUGCUGUUUAUUUUAAAUAAAGAUGUAUUUUU